AUGGCCAAGCUAAUUCCCUCCGCCAUCUCCAUGCCAACCAUAGCCUGCACACUCUUAUUCAUGUUCAUCAUCAACCAGGCAUCCUCCUCUAGAACCAUUGGCAAUCCAACCCCAACCCCUCAUAACCAUUACCACAAAAUAACGUUUCUAAUGAGAGAUGUGCUCAAUGUGACUCAACCCUCAUCAAAACCUGCAACCACUAAAGUCACCGGUCAGCUUCCCUUCCAAAAGCCACUAGGCCUUUUCCCUCCCAUUGGACGAAUCCCCCUACUUGGGUCCAAUCCAACAGUUCCGGCUGGCACCGCUGCCGGAUUGUCCACUCAAACGCUCGAUCUCUCCGGCAUCAUCGGUGUAUCUUUCCCGGCUAGAGCUACCCUCCAAGAGUUGGAGUCUGGGACAGUAACAGUAAUAGACCAAGAAUUGUUCAAAGGUUCAAGCAGCAACAACAACAACAACAUGUCACCCAUGCUUGGAAAAGCACAAGGGAUAUAUGUUGCUAGCUCAGAAGAUGGGAGCAGCCAUAUGAUGGCCAUGACAACAUAUUUUGAUGACUUUAAUGAUGGGCUGAGGUUUUUUGGGGUGCACCAGACAGAAGUUCCCGAGUCUCAUAUUGCAGUUAUUGGUGGCAUUGGGAAGUAUCAAGGAGCAAAUGGGUAUGCAACAGUUAAGGCAGUGGAUCAUGUUGGGUCUCCUACUGGUGGGGAAGGAAAAGGAACCAAUUAUAAGCUCCUUCUGUUCAAUGUAUAUCUGAGUUAG